AUGCAUCCUUCGCCCCUCCUGCUGACCCUCCUGGUAGUGCUGCUCAUAAAAUUCUUUUCCCACGCACUGCGAAAUUAUAAUAAGGUUAAAGUGAGGCCAUAUAUCCAGGUAUGGCCAAAGAGGACACACUUCAAUUAUUCUAUCCGGAGGGAAAGGAAAAACGCGAGAUGCAUUUCCCCCGAGAGGAGGACAAAAUGGUACAGCUCCUUCGAGUUGUUCAGCGAGCAUGUGAAGGAUAGGGAUGGGAAUCGCGGCGAUGACGAAGAGGAAGACAACCUGGACCGUGAUAACCCCAACGAUGGCGACCUCCGGGACGAUGAAAUUUCGUACGAAGACGUUGAAGAAUAUUUGAAGAAGAACCAAUUUGAAGAUGUCCACGAAGACUCUGAGGGGAAAAAGGAAAUUAUUAAAUUGAUUAACUACCUCCCAACCCUAAAAAAUGAAGAAGAAUUUUUUUCCAAGUUUGGCUACUCAGGUAGCGAAAAAAGGUCCAUGGAAUAUUACUUUAAUGAAAUGAAAGAUCUAAAGGAGAGGAAGCAGAAGAAGAACCACAACAUUUUAAAUUUUAUUCUGUCUUAUUAUUUGAAGAGAAAGAAUUCGAAUGGACAGGGUGCCUUGAGGAAUUACCAAAGUGUUCAGUCUUACUACGACUACAUUAAUGAUGUGAUGCACAACCGAGGUUCCUCUCUGUCUAUGGCGAACGCCCAGCCAGCCAACAAGGACAACAUAUUUUCACGCAAGACGCUGUGCAAUUUUAUCUCCUUUUACCUGAAAAACGCAAACAUCAUAAAGUACGCAUCGUUCCUGUGCCUUAGCGGACUGUUGACCUUCUCCUUGAAGGAACUCAUAAGGCGCAUCAAGCUGGAAGAUUUCUUCCUCUUACGAAACCACUUUCAUUUGGUGUACUCACUAAAAAAUAUGCAUGUGUGUAAAAUAGGGGCCUUUUCCUUGCUAAUGAAUUUUUUAUUUAUAAAUAAGUACAAUCAAUAUUUCUGCGUGACAGAAGAUUUGUUCGGAAUAUUAUUUUCGAAUUAUUUUGCUUAUGAAGGAAUAAAUAAUUUAACCAAAAGGAAAAUCGAGGAAUUCAUGCUCAAGUACAACUACACCCUGGAUGAUGUUUUAAAUUCCAUGAAUGAAAUUUUCUCACAUUAUUUGUUUAGACAAAUAUGCACAAAUGAAACGAUGGAUGGAGACGUCCUUGUUGCCUUGAACUCCUUUGUGGGUCUGUACCAUAAGCUGUUUCGAAACAACAAGGAAAAUAUAAAAAAUAUUAUUAGUGUUGUGGUAAACAAGUACAAUGCGGACAUUUCUGACAAGGGAGAUAAUAAGGGCUCUGUGCUUUCGCGAAUUUUUUACAUUUUUUAUUUGUUGAAUGUCAUGUUUAAAUAUGAUGUGAACUCGGUGAAGAAGCUGAACCUCCACCGUGGGAACAGUCUACACAUUCCCUUCUUCGCGCGACGUAACCGGAUUUCCAGCUACUUCCUCUUGGUUCACAUCGCACAGCAAAUGGGGGUAAAAGAAAAAACGAUCAAUGAUAGUUUAUUGGAAACGAUGAAGGGAAAUUAUGAAGCACACAUUCGGCGGCUCCUCAGUAAGAAGCAAAACUCAAGUAGUGUCCUGGACGACGCGAAAAAAAUGGAUUUGCUGACGCUAGAUGAUACCAUUUUGGAGGAUGUGCAUAAGGGAAUUUUCCUGAGCACCCUUAAAAGGAUCAUGGAAGAUGAGAAUUACGAAUCUGUUUAUUCUGUUUCCCAAGAGAGGGAAGGCAAGGUUGAGGCGAUUGCGGUAGGGAGUGAGGAUAGCAAGGUCAGUGGAAAGCACAUAGUUGAGGGGGGCACCCCAUUGGUAGGAGAAGAUAGUGUCGCCCAUGAGGAAGGUGAUGCGGAGGAGCAGUCUGACGAUGCCACUGAUAUGGAGGAUGCCGCUGACAUGGACGAUGGCGCUGACCUGGAUGAUGACGCCGCGGAGGCAGAUCCCGCGAUAGACGACUCGGACGACAUGCACAAACAUGUGGAGAACACCGUGGACUACAUCGUGAACGAGGACGCGGCCAAAUCGGGGGAAAAUAAAGACAAGAAAAGUAUCAUUGUGGAGAGGGAAAAAAGAGACCUGGAGGACAAGAAGCUGUUUCUGAAGAAAUGGAAUGACAUCAAUUUUUUGAGGAAAUAUUUACACAUGGACAAGAAAUACAUGGACAAAUAUUUAGAAAAAUAUCUUUACGAUUAUAUAUACAGGGAGUACAAAAUUUUGAUUAACAAUUUAAUUUUUAAAAAAAUGAAGAAUAAAAAUGAUCAUUUGUUUUUUUUGAAAAAAGGAAUAUCCAUAUCCAACAGCGCAACGGAAAAUAUCAUCAAAAAUAUUCUGCUGAAUUUUGUAAUUAAGACAAAGGAAAAUAUUGGUAUUUUUUUGAAGUUGGGAAAUAUGGAAAAAUGUCUACGCCUUAUACAGAAUUUGGUCCAUGUGUAUAAGAAGAUUAAGAAGAAGAAGAAAUUGUUGAGGGUUCGCAGCGAUGACCUUUUUAGCCUCGACGAUCUGUUCGCGUGUAACUCUUAUAGGGCACUGGAUGCGACCGCCAAGGAAGGGGCAGCGACGAAAGGGGAAAAAACACCUGGGGAAGGGUCAACCGAGGAGGGAUUAUCUUCUCACGGAUCAUCCCCUGACGAACUAUCUCCUAGCGACGGACUAGAUUCUAACGAAUUUUCUCCCGACGUAGCAACGGAGGAAACCCUUCCCGCCGGAGAGGACGAGGAGGAGAUCCUCAAAAGGAUCAUGUACAAAGAUCACCUUGAGGGAGAGGAGGAAGGAGAUGGAAAAGGCGCCUUACUCUCCCAAGAGGAACGAAAAAAACUGUACGAAGAAUUUGUAAUAAAACACAUGAAAAAUCAGUCAGAGAGAAAAAUUUUGAAAAUAAUUUUUAAUAUAAAUUAUGACCAUGUGGACAGGGAGGUGGAAGAUAAUAUCAUCAAACGGUUCUUAGACAAAAUUUGCACAAAACAUUUAAGCAACAUGAAAGAAGUGAACGACAGGUACAAAAUUAUAGGAGAGGAAAAUUUGUUCGAUUAUAAGAAUCUGAAUUUUAUGCAGUCCCUGGAGAGGGAGAAAUCGACAAGGGGCCACAAAAAAGGAGGAGAACGAAGCUUACCUGAGAAGGACAGUUUCGUUAUUCGGAAGGAAGACAUUUUCGAGCACAUUGAUGAUGAUUCGUUUGAAGAAAUUUGCAAAAAAAUGUAUAUAAACAAAAUUAAAGAAGCAAAAAAAAAUUUAUACCACAUGAGAAAAGAUUUAUAUAUGUAUGAAAUUAUACUAAACAUAAAAAACGCGCAGGAAAUACACGACGUUUUUCUCAUUGACGAAUAUGAAAAAAUGAUUAAGGACAUUAUAAAAACAAAUAUAUUGAAUAAAAAUUAUAAGAAUAUAAAAAAUGUGUAUUUAAAAAAAAUUGUGAAUUUUUUAAAUUUGUCUGAAGAAAAAGCAGCUGAUGUUGAAAUGAGGUGCAUUUUUUUGCAGACCUAUGAAAUAUUUUCCGCUGUGAAGGAGAAGUUCUACAUUUACAGGAACGACUCCGAUUUCGUAAAUAACAUUAACGAGAUUCUUACCAUAUAUAAAAAUUUCGAUCUGAUUAGACCUCAGGGGAAGCAAUACUAUGUGAAGUUUUCCCUCAUCGAGUCCAACUAUAAUUUGUUACAUCGCAUCAUAGAGCGCUAUGUUCUUUACGUCAUUGAUGUGAUCAACGAUGAAAACAGGUCCCUGUACAAGGAGAACAUUUUUCGCCUCGCUGCAAUUUUCCGCGUCAGCCCCAAGAUCAUCGAUGAGAUUGCCACGCGGAUAUACAAGAAAUACAUCGAAGGCCAAGAACUGCACGCCAUCAACAACAUGGACGCUUUCUUCAGCUUCCUUUUCAACAUGGACAAAACAAGGCAGGGAGAAAUAGUCCUGGAGCACCUGAGACAAAAAGUGGACAUUCACUUAGCCUCAGGCGACGGUUUCCAGGAGAGGAUGCACAAAUUGUAUGACGUGAUUCUCUUCAUAAAUAACAACCUUCAGCUUAGGAAGAACAUUUUCGAUGUGUCCUCUGUUGGUGCAGAAGCUGUGUAUGCUUUCUUAACUGCCUGCGUCGAUGAGUACCUGCAUAGCAAGAAGACGGAGGCGUUCAUUUCGGAGCACCGCGAUUACCUAAAGCACUUGAACAACUGUCUGAGCAAAAUCAAGAUGCUCAUAAAAGGAGAUCAAGAAAAUGUGCACAUGAGUCACAUUAUGAAAGCUCUGAAGAAUGCCAUCGUCAGAAAAGCCAUUUCCCUUUUAGACAAGUUCCAAUACGACAUGUGUGUAGAAGAGAUUUAUAAUCUGAUCAAACUACAAAUGGUCGAUAGCAACAGUAACUUUGCAGACGUGGAUAUCGAGAACAGGAAAAAACUGGUAAACAUAUUUUCCUACCAGAACAUUAGCGAUGAGAAGAAGUUCCUCUACAUGGACAUUUUGAACAAAGCCUUAUUGUAA